AUGCUUCACAUUCACUCGCGAAUUCUCAGCCACGACAAGGGCCAACAAUCAACAUCUCCAAGAGUCCAUGUUUAUCGUAUCCCAGAGAGCCGUACUACAACACCAUCUAACCUAAAGUAUGCACUAUCUUUCUUACCCAGCUCAGAUCUGCCAGACAAGACAAGUGUAUUUGAUCAUCCAGAUCUUAUUAUUGGAUGGACACCUGAACAGACAACCCUGGAUCCAAAAAGCUUCGUGGACAAUAAUCAAUUUGUUCAAUUUAUGACAAAAGUGUUGAAAGACAAUAUCCACAAUAUCAACGAUAAUGCGCUAAAAGGUCUAGCCGAGUGGCAAAAAGAAGGUUGGCUACAUGUUGCUGAUGAAAGAAACCCUCCUCCGUGGGGUCGAAUCCCUUUUCCCGAAGAUAUUAUUGGAAGUGUAUUGAUAAAAGAUGGCGUAAUCCAGCCAAAUACUUUUGAAGCCAUGCCAACUCACCGUUUGGUGACGUCUUGUGGUAUUUUCAAGUUAUCUGAACCACUUUUCCAGUGCCUCCUCAAAGAAUCCAAAAAGAAAGCUCAAGCAUAA